AUGGAGCAAACACCGACAAUGCCCAUGGCCAUGGCCUUGGUCACCAUCCUCAUCCUCGUCCUCAGCUCCGUCCUGUACUUGCGCGGCCGGCGUAAAGCCCUGAACCUCCCACCGGGCCCGCGGGGGUGGCCGGUGCUCGGCAGCCUCGGCGCCCUCGCGGGCGCGAUCCCGCCGCACCGCGCGCUGGCCGCGCUCGCUUCGCGCCACGGCCCGCUCAUGCACCUCCGCCUUGGCUCCUACCACUCCGUCGUCGCCUCCUCCGCCGACGCCGCCCGGCUCGUCCUCAAGACCCACGACCUCGCCUUCGCCGACCGGCCCCCGACCACCGCCGGCGAGCACGUCGCGUACGGGUACCGCGGCGUCCUGCACACCCCGUAUGGUGCGUACUGGCGCAUGGCGCGCAGGCUCUGCACCACCGAGCUUUUCUCGGGGCGCCGCGUCGACUCGUACGAGUAUAUCCGGAGGCAGGAGGUCCGGGCGCUCGUGCGUGGCCUGUUCCGGCGCGGCGGCCGUGCCGUCGCCGUCUGGGAGCACCUGGUGGACGCCACGCUGCGGAACGUCCUGCGCAUGUCCGUCGGGGAUAAGUGGUCGGCCUGCUAUGGCAGCGCCGAGGGCGAGGAGUUCCGGCGCGCGCGUGAGGAGGUGUUCGCCGUGGCCAGCGCCGUGAGCAACGUCGGCGAGUGGGUGCCGUGGCUCGGGUGGCUCGACCUGCAGGGCGGCGUCCGGAGGAUGAAGUGGCUCAGCAAGGUCUACGACCGGUUCCUUGAGAGUAUUCUCGACGACCACGACCAGGAGCGGCACAAGGCAGCGACGGCCAGCUCCCCUGCGGCGACGAGGGACUUGGUGGACGUGCUGCUGCUGCAGCUCGCCGAGGAUGGGACGUCGUCAUCACCUGAAGCCAGGCUCACGCGCGACGGUGUCAAGGCCUUCGUCCAGGACAUCAUAGUCGGUGGCACGGAGAGCUCUGCGGUGGUCAUGGAGUGGGCCAUGUCGGAGCUCCUGCGCCGGCCGGACGUCGCGGCCGCCGCCACCGAUGAGCUUGACCGCGUGGUGGGCCGCGGCCGGUGGGUCGAGGAGCGCGACCUCGCCCACCUCCCCUACAUCGACGCCGUGGUCAAGGAGACGCUGCGGCUGCACCCGGUGGGCCCGCUCCUCGUCCCGCACAUGGCCCGGGAGAACACGCUGGUCGCCGGCUACGACGUCCCUGCCGGCACGCGCUUGCUGGUGAACGUGUGGGCGAUCGCGCGAGACCCGACGUCGUGGCCCGACCGUCCCGACGAGUUCCGGCCAGAGCGGUUCGCCGGGAGCGCCGUGGACGUUCGUGGGCAGCACUUCGAGCUGCUGCCAUUCGGUGCCGGGCGGCGGAUGUGCCCGGCGUACGGGCUGGCGCUGAAGGUGAUAGGCACCGGCUUGGCGAACCUGCUGCACGGGUUCGCGUGGCGGCUGCCGGACGGGGUCUCGCCGGAGGACGUGAGCAUGGAAGAGCUCUUCGGGUUGUCGACGCGCAAGAAGGUGCCACUCAUCGCCGUCCCGGAGCCCAGGCUACCGGUGCAUCUCUACGCCGCCGUGGACUGAUCGGAAUCCCGCGCGCAAAUUCAAUUGCCCGAACAGCUCAUGCACGCGACUGAUUUUUGUUGUUUUUGAACGUGCGCGCAAUUGAACUACUGUAUACUUAGCAAGUUUUUUU